AUGCCGAUCAGCUCUGUAGAAGCUCCCGACCGGGUGUACUUGUAUGGAAGAGGUACUCAAACACCUCGUGUUUAUUCUCAUGAGAAAAAGCAGUCUCCUCUAAUUGACGACAAGUUAAAUUCAUUGCAACGGAAACACGCGUUGCCGGUUUCGGAAAACCUUGGAGACUGGCAACCUAAGGAUCAGACGCGAUCCGCUCUCCUGAAUCCAUUCAUCAGCAAUGAGAAUACGCUCGUUAGAUACCUCCAGAAGCACUCAUCGAGCAUCGGUGGGAGCACAGAUAGCACCCACCUUGAGGCCGCAUAUUUUAUGCGUCCGGCCCUUGGAAAGCAAGGCAAGGCCAAAGAAAAUUCCUAA